AUGUAUAAAGCAAUAUUUACUGCACUUAAUAGCGUGCUUCCAAGGAUACCUGAAGAACAGAGGGAUGAAUACUUAAGAGAUUACCAUAGAGAAGUCGAAAGUACUGGUCAUAUAUUAUUCAUGGAAAGGGAUGGACAACAAGUACCAUAUGUCAAAGGAAAUUUAAUUGUUGAUCUUAUCUAUUUAGAAGAUAGCAAUUUAGUUGUGUUCCCUAGUGUACCAAUAGUUCACAGCCUUCGACAUCGGUUAAUUAGACAUUUCUCUCCCACAAAAAUGAUUCCAGAUUUAUGGAUAAAGGGAAAUUGUGUUACUCAAAUAUUAACAAAACGAAAGUUUGAGAAAUACGGACAUCUACUAAAAUGGAAAAAGAAUGAAAGGAUUCUCGAAUUUGGUGCGGCAGAUGGAAAUACUUCAGUUAAUUCAGUGCUACCAGAGUUACCAAAGGAUUACAAAGAGUAUGUUCUCACUGAUAUAUCACCUGAUAUGGUAGCACAUAUGAAGAAAAAUCUAAAUAUACCCAGAAGUAGGAUCAUACAACACGAUAUUGCUACAAUAAGACUUCAAGAGGAAUUCAAAAACAAGUUUGAUCAUAUUUUUGGGAUAUUUGUGAUGCACAUGGUGCCAAAUCCCAGGCAAGGUUUCAUUAACAUCAAGGAAAUGCUUAAGCCAGGCGGUCAAGCAUUUGUAUCAAUAUUGGAACGCACACCCAUGGAUCAUGCUUUCCACCAUUUACUGAAGUAUCCCAAAUGGUCAAGAUACGGACACAUGCUGUCUCCUCAUUACUACAGCGACAAUAUAGAAGAAGCCUAUAAAAAAGAUAUUGAGGCUGCAGAGUUCGAAUCAUAUUCCUUCCAUGUCGAAAAGGACUAUCCUGUAUGGUUUGAAAAUGAAGAGAAUAGACGAAUUGUACUUACCUCAGUCAAUAAUGUGCUACCAAGGAUACCUGAAGAACUGAAGGAUGAAUACUUAAAGGAUUACCAUAAGGAAAUCGAACGGGAUGGUCAUAUUAAAUUAAUGGAAAAAGAUGGAGAACAAAUACCAUAUGUAGAUAUGAAAUUGUUGGUUGCUAUCAUGAACAAACAGGAAUAAAUAUUUUAUUUUAUUAAAA